AGAGGAUCUGCUGAGCUUCUCAGGAUCCAAAAUGCACAGGACCACCAGGAUAAAAAUCACAGAGCUGAACCCUCACUUGAUGUGCGCUUUGUGCGGAGGCUACUUCAUCGAUGCCACAACCAUUGUGGAAUGCUUACACUCUUUCUGCAAAACCUGCAUCGUCCGUUACCUGGAGACGAACAAAUACUGCCCGAUGUGCGAUGUCCAAGUGCAUAAAACAAGGCCACUCCUCAGCAUCAGAUCAGAUAAAACCCUACAGGACAUAGUCUACAAGCUGGUACCAGGACUUUUCAAAGAUGAAAUGAAGAGGCGACGUGAUUUCUACGCAGCAUACCCUCUGGCAGAUGUUCCUAAUGGAUCUAAUGAAGACCGGGGAGAAGUUUCGGAACAGGAGAAAGGGAACCUGACAGACGAUGAAAUUGUCAGCUUAUCCAUAGAGUUCUAUGAAGGAAUCAGAGAAGAAAACAAAGGGACCGUUGAGAAUGGGAACACAGAGAAAGACAAGAACAGCAUGAGAUUCCUUCGCUGCCCUGCCGCUAUGACGAUCAUGCACCUGGCUAAGUUCCUCCGCAACAAGAUGGAUGUUCCCAGCAAAUACAAAGUGGAAGUUCUCUAUGAAGAUGAGCCUCAAGAAUACUAUACCCUAAUGGACAUAACUUAUAUCUAUCCUUGGCGACGGAAUGGCCCUCUCCCUCUGAAAUACCGUGUCCAGCCGGCCUGCAAGAGGCUAAAACUCUCCUCCCAGCUCCCCAACUCCGAAUGCACCAACACCAGCGGCGCAUCAGAGUGCGAGUCCGUCAGCGACAAGGCCAACAGCCCGGCCACCUUGCCGGCAACCACUUCCUCUUCGUUGCCAAGCCCUGCCACCCCUUCCCACGGCUCGCCCAGCUCCAACACCACCACGGUGAGCAUCCCCGCCAACCCUGCGCCCGGGACCAUGCUCAACGGCACUUCGAACUGCCACCAGAUGCAACCCUUGGCCAGCAGGGGGCGCAAGGCAAUGGUAAAUGGCGGCCCCACCAUGUCGGCUUUGACUUAAAGGGACCGGACACCUUUUUCUUUUUCUUCCUUCUCCUUCUUGGCUGGAUCUCGAGUUUUAUAAAUAAGUACAUUAUGUGUAGAUAAGGGCAGUGGAGGGGUGGGGUGGGUGGUGGGUAGGGAAAUUAUACAUACUUAUUUUCUAUCAAUCGACCUGAUUUAAUUUAAGAAGAAAAAAAGGCAAAAAGAGACAAAAAAAUUCCAACGUGUCCUCCCCCUUUUUUAUUUUAAAAAAGAAAAAAAAAGUAGUCCUGUAACUGCAUGAUGUCAUCUGUGUUAAAGCGGCAGCCCCUUCCUGUUAAAAAACUAUUUUUUAUUUGUG